AAAACCUGUAAAAGAUCAUCUGAUAUAAGUGAAGAGCAAGAGCUGACGUCGACCGAGGAAGCUCACCAGCCCUGUUAGAUCUUGCUGAGGCGGCUUCUUCCGCGACGGUGCCUCUCCUCCUCCGCCGGCCGCCGCCACUUCAAAGAAACAGGUUGUGCUUUCUUGCUCAAAAGCGAUGGCCAGUGGUCCAGCACCAUUUUCAGAUAUUGGGAAACGGGCAAGAGAUCUGUUGACUAAAGAUUAUACCUUUGAUCACAAGUUUACCCUGACGCUUCCAAGUUCAACUGGGAUGGGACUUACAGCUACAGGUUUGAAAAAGGAUCAAAUUUUUGUAGGUGACAUAAAUACAGUUUACAAGGGUGAAAAUACUACAGUGGAUGUGAAAGUUGACUCAUAUUCGAACGUGUCGACCAAAGUGACUGUUUCUGGUGUUCUGCCGGUUACCAAAGCUUCCCUUAGCUUUCAAAUACCAGAUCACAAGUCUGGCAAGUUGGAGCUGCAGUACCUCCAUCAUCAUGCAGCAAUUGAUUCAAGCAUAGGUCUGAACCCAACUCCCCUUUUGGAGUUUUCUGCAGCAAUUGGCAGCAAGGAUCUCAGUCUCGGUGGUGAAGUUGGAUUUGAUACUGCUUCUGCUUCUUUAACCAAAUAUAAUGCCGGGAUUGGCCUGAACAGGCCAGAUUUUUCUGCUGCGGUUCUUCUGACGGACAAGGGGCAAACUCUGAAGGCCUCCUACAUCCACUUGAUGGACCCCUUCAAUGCAGUUGCGGCUGAAUUGACACAUAGAUUCUCCACCUAUGAGAACAACUUUAGCAUUGGAAGUUCUCACACAGUCGAUCCAUGCACUGUCGUGAAGACGCGGUUCUCAGACAAUGGAAAGUUGGCCCUGUUGGGCCAGCGAGAAUGGAGGCCAAAAUCACUCAUUACUGUGUCUGCUGAGUAUGAUUCUAAGGCCAUCAAUGCAGCCCCCAAGCUCGGUCUUGCUCUUGCUCUCAAACCUUAAAGCAGAUGAAAUAUGUUGAUGCUGCUUAGCUAGUUGAAAAUUGAUAAAUUUGUGGUUUUGCCCAUUCUUUCAAGCCGGUGACAGUUUUGUUCUGCCCAGUUGGUUCUGGGAAACUGACGAGGGAUAAUGCAUAAAAAGCUUCUAAAAGAACCAUAGGGAAACAGUAACCCAGUUUUGGAAAAGGUUCAUAAUCACAGAUUAUAUUUUUGGAAUGUCAGGGCAUCAUACAAAGCCUGGGAAGACUAUUCAUGAUUCAAUUCAUUUUCCUCUUUUCA